AGUGGCGGGUGUGGCGCUAGGCUGGUAAUCGCUGGAUUCCGGAGCGCGCGUCCCUUGUGUCGCGAGCUGGCGAGAGAACGUGGGUCCCAGGAGUCCCGGCGCCCUGUCCUCUUCUAUUGUGGUCCCCUGGCACGUGCGGCACGGUGCUGGACAUGGAGCCGCAGAGGUCCCCCUUGUUGGAAGUGAGGGGGAACAUACAGCUAAAAAGACCCCCGGUCAAGGCUCCUUCUCGGCUGCCUCUUCCGGGAACCAGGUUUAAGAGGGGGCCUGACCAGAUGGAGGAUGCCUUGGAGCCUGAGAAGAAAAGGACACGAGGCCUGGACACAGUGACCAAAAUUGCCACAUCCCGCCCCAGAGCACCAGCCCUCACCACAGUGGCACAGACACAAGGCCAGACCACAGCUCCAAAAGUUCCCAAGAAGACGGGACCCCGAUGUUCCACAGCUGUUGCCACAGUGCUGAAGAAUCAGAAACCAGGCCCUGCUGCUCCUGCCCAGAAGCCUGGAGCGGCUGCUCCCGUGCCGGGAGGGAGGAAACCCACCAAACGUCCGGCCUGGGACUUAAAGGGUCAGUUAUGUGACCUAAAUGCAGAGCUGAAAUGCUGUCGUGAGAGGACUCAGACAUUGGACCAGGAGAACCAACAGCUACAGGACCAGCUCCGGGAGGCCCAACAACAGGCCAAGUCCCUGGGGGCAGAAUGCAGGACACUGGAAGGGGAGUUGGCCAGGGUGCAGGCCCAGGCCGAGCAGGGCCAACAGGAAUUGGGGAACCUAAGGGCCCGUGUCCUGGAGCUAGAAGAGCAGCUGGGCACACAGCAGGGCUUGGUGCAAGAGCUCCAGAAAGAACAGUUGGGGUUGCAGGAGGAGCGAAGGGGACUGGCCGCCCGGCUGGAGGAGCAGGAGAGGAGGCUACAGGCGUCAGAAGCAGCUCUGUCAGGCAGCCAAGCAGAGGUGGCGUCUCUGCGCCAGGAGGCUACAACCCAGGCGGCCUUACUAGUGGAGCAAGGAGAACGUCUCCAUGGGCUAGAGAUGGAGCGCCGGCGAUUACACAACCAGCUACAGGAACUCAAAGGCAAUAUCCGUGUGUUCUGCCGGGUCCGCCCUGUCCUUCCAGGGGAGCCCACCCCACCCCCUGGUUUCCUCCUGUUUCCCUCUGGCCCUGGUGGGCCCUCUGAUCCUCCAACCCGCCUCAGCCUCUCCCGAUCUGACGAGCGUCGUGGGACCCUGAGUGGGGCGCCAGCCCCCCCCACCCGCCAUGACUUCUCCUUUGACCGGGUCUUCCCACCAGGGAGUGGACAGGACGAAGUGUUUGAGGAGAUUGCCAUGCUUGUCCAGUCAGCCCUGGAUGGCUACCCAGUAUGCAUCUUUGCCUACGGCCAGACAGGCAGUGGCAAGACCUUCACGAUGGAGGGUGGUGGGCCUGGGGGAGACCCCCAGGUGGAGGGGCUGAUCCCUCGGGCCCUGCGGCAUCUCUUCUCCGUGGCCCAGGAGCUGGGCAGCCAGGGCUGGACCUACAGCUUUGUGGCAAGCUAUGUAGAGAUCUAUAAUGAGACUGUCCGAGACCUGCUGGCCACCGGGACCCGGAAGGGCCAGGGCGGCGAGUGUGAGAUUCGCCGGGCAGGGCCAGGAAGCGAGGAGCUUACCGUCACCAAUGCCCGAUAUGUUCCUGUCUCCUGUGAGAAAGAGGUGGAGGCCCUGCUCCAUCUGGCCCACCAGAACCGGGCUGUGGCCCGCACAGCCCAGAAUGAGCGAUCAUCACGCAGUCACAGUGUGUUCCAGCUGCAGAUCUCUGGGGAGCACGCUGGGCGAGGCCUGCAAUGUGGGGCCCCCCUCAGCCUUGUGGACCUGGCUGGGAGUGAGCGGCUAGACCCUGGCUUAACCCUUGGCCCUGGGGAGCGGGAACGCCUUCGGGAAACCCAAGCCAUUAACAGCAGCUUGUCUACCCUGGGGCUGGUCAUCAUGGCCUUGAGCAACAAGGAGUCCCAUGUGCCUUACCGGAACAGCAAGCUCACCUACCUGUUGCAGAACUCUCUGGGUGGCAGCGCUAAGAUGCUCAUGUUUGUGAACAUUUCCCCCCUGGAAGAGAAUGUGUCCGAGUCCCUCAACUCCCUACGCUUUGCCUCCAAGGUGAACCAGUGUGUUAUUGGUACGGCCCAGGCUAACAGGAAAUGAAGACUGAUCGAGAUCCUGUGUGUGUGUUUAGGGAUGGGGAUGGGGCAGCUGAGGGAUGCUUUAUUGGGGGGUGGGGGGAAGGGGUGCCGUAUGACCUGGGUCUAUCAAAUAAAGAACAGUUUUUUUUGUUUUGUUUUUUUUUGUCUUUUAAU